UUAUACUAUACAAGGGGGCUGUGCUCCUUAUUUUAUCAGCUGACUUACUCCAAUGGUCACAAGACUUUUAUUUCGAUCUGCAGUGCAGCAUGGCUUUCUCUGGGAGUGUGUUUUCUUUCUGCUAUCUCUUCUUUCUUGGGAUUUUCAGUAUAUCAUUAUUAAAUGUUUCUGCAAAGCGAACAUUUCAGAUUGAUUAUGAAAACAACUGUUUCAAGAAGGAUGGAGAGCCAUUUAGAUACAUCUCUGGCAGCAUUCACUAUUCCCGGGUGCCUCGCUACUACUGGAAGGACCGUUUACUGAAAAUGUAUAUGGCAGGGCUUAAUGCAGUUCAGAUGUAUGUACCUUGGAACUUUCACGAAGUUAUGCCAAAAAAGUUUGUUUUUGAUGGAGACAAAGAUUUGGAACACUUUUUAAAGUUGGCCAAUGAUACUGGAUUAUUGGUAAUUUUAAGACCUGGUCCUUACAUCUGUGCUGAAUGGGACAUGGGAAGCCUGCCUGCAUGGAUAUUAAAGAAAGACACUGUUAUUCUUCGGUCUAGUGACCCAGAUUAUCUUGCUGCUGUGGACCAGUGGAUGAAUGUACUGCUGCCAAAAAUUAAGCCUUUAUUGUAUAAUAAUGGAGGGCCAAUCAUAUCUGUACAGGUGGAGAAUGAGUAUGGAAGUUACUUUGCAUGCGACUAUGAUUAUCUUCGACAUCUUGUGAAACUGUUCCGUUAUCAUCUGGGUGAUGAAGUCAUUCUUUUCUCAACUGAUGGGUCAGGAAUCGGUUACGUUAAAUGUGGAACUGUUGAAGGACUCUACGCAACUGUUGACUUUGGACCAACUGAAAAUAUCACUGGAUGCUUUGAAGUCCAGAGGCAUUUUGAGCCUAAAGGACCGCUGGUCAACUCUGAGAUGUAUACAGGCUGGCUUGAUCACUGGGGUGAAAAACAUCAGGUUGUUGCCACAAGUGUCAUAACCAGAGCUCUAGAUACAGUUCUUGGACUUGGAGCAAAUGUUAACAUGUACAUGUUUAUAGGAGGAACAAAUUUUGGGUAUUGGAAUGGUGCAAACACUCCGUAUGCAGCCCAGCCCACUAGCUAUGAUUAUGAUGCCCCAUUAUCUGAAGCAGGGGACUUAACUGAUAAAUACUUUGCUCUAAGAGAAGUUAUUAGGAAGUAUAAGAAGCUGCCAGAUGGCCCUAUCCCUCCUUCAGUACCCAAAUUUGCCUAUGGACCUGUGCCUCUGAAAAAGCUCCACAUUCUGUCUGAAAUGCUUGAUGUACUGUGCCCCUCAGGACCAGUGAAGAGUGUGUAUCCUUUGAACUUUGUUCAACUGAACCAGUAUUUUGGAUUUGUGCUGUAUAGAACUUUACUGCCGAAGGACUGCAGCAGCCCGACAUCUCUCUCUUCCCCAUUAAAUGGAGUUCAUGAUCGUGCCUACAUCACAGUGGAUGGGGUACCACAGGGAGUUCUUGAAAGGGAUAAAGUGCUUUCCAUAAACAUAACCGGGAAGACUGGAGCAACACUUGAUAUACUUGUGGAAAAUCAAGGCAGGAUCAACUUCGGCAGAUACAUUAAUGAUUUUAAGGGCCUAGUAACAAAUCUCACUUUAGGCAAAGAUUUCUUGACUGGCUGGACCAUGUACCCAUUACGUAUUGAUGAUGCUGUAGGCCAAGGCCUGAAGGAAAAGAGUCAUAAAUCAUUCCUAAGCUCUACAUCCUCAACUUUUUCUGCACCUGCAUUUUAUAUUGGCAGUUUUGACAUUCCAAGUGGAAUUCCAGACCUACCUCAGGACACAUUCAUCAACUUCCCAGGGUGGACCAAGGGUCAAAUAUGGAUCAAUGGUUUUAACUUGGGUCGUUACUGGCCUGCAAGAGGUCCCCAGAUAACUCUGUAUGUUCCCAGGCACAUUCUCUCUACUUCUGCACCGAACAACAUUACAGUGUUGGAACUGGAAAAAUCCCCAUGUGAUGUCAAACCUUGUGUUGUAGAGUUUGUGGAUACACCUGUUCUGAAUGCUACAGUUUCUAACAUUUUCCCUGGUAGAAAGCUCUUUGCAGGAGGUCACUAAAUGAGGGACUUUUAAUGCUGUUAAUGCAUUUUGUACACGAUUCUUAUUUAGAUACUAUUGUUGUGUUCAGGUAGUUGCUCUUGGUGCUUGACAGGACAGGAAAACAGUGAGCGAAGUUUAUUUUAUAUUUCCAUAGCACUUAUUUUAAGUAGUGCAAAACUAUGUGCAUAUCUCAAACACUUUGAUUAGUGAGUUUUCUUCAGAAAUGAGGACUGAUUUGCUGCAUUUUUGAAAUGAGACAGUUCAUUCACACCUGAUACCAUCUCAUACUGAAAUUCAGUUGUUACAUGUAUGUGAUACUGUUCAACUUAAAAUAAGAAAGUGGGGAGGGCCCCAAGAUAAAGUUAUGUGUGGGUAUGUGGUAGUUUGAGGAGAAAACAUAGUCGCACUUGUAUUAGCCUGCUUGCUUUGUCAAGACAUCAAAACAAUUUCUUUGAACUGGUGAACUGGGUAACAAAAAAAUGAACCUUAUGCAGACAGUUUAUCAUAAAUGCUUCAAGCAUUUUGCACUUUUGACAUUUUAAAACAUCUGGGUAAAAGAGGUUGCAAAACAUGCUAGAAAAUAUGCCAUCAUUUUCUCCAGGAUUACUCUGUAAUGUAGUUUGUUUUUCUGAGUUGCAGAGCAUAACUAAGGCUAAGAUUUAUUUUCUUUUACUGUAAUUUUUUUCUUCAGAGAUGUAUGAGAUGAUCCCUCUUCAUAAUUUAAAAGGCUUUUGGUUCUGGACUGCGAUUUAGCCAGUACAAAGUUUGUCAGGUUUAGUACUCAUGUUGUGUUACAGUAAAAGGAAACACAGCCUGACGAGCCUUAUUUCUCCAUAAUGUCUUAAGGUUCCAAAACUGGUUGCAUUGAGUUAGUGUAAUUGGGCAUAUGUCACUUUACUCUGUUUACUUCUAAAUUUCAGCCACAUAUCAGUAAUCUGAAUUCCCACAUACACAUUUUCAGGAAGUCCUAGUAUGUGCACGGACACAUUCAACAAGUCAGACUGGUAGUGGGUGACAGUUCAACAGACAAGUGCAUUUUCCUUUGAUGUUUCUUUUUAAGCUCUUAGCCUGUCAUGCUAAAAAUCAUGCUUUCCUGUUUGUUUUAUUUCAUUUGCAGGUAGCAUUUGUAAGGUUUUCAUCAUUUGUUUUUAAUUCUGAUCAGAUCAUCUGUUAUAUUUUAUGGUUUUGUUUGUGAGAGAAGGUACUUUAUAUCUAACAAGGAUUUUAUAAUUUAGUCUGAAGUAAUUUCUGUGUCUUCUAAUAAACUACCACCAAGACCACCGAUCCAAAAAGUAAGCAAAUUUAAUGAAACACUUAGUGC